AUGGCGCGUACGAAGCAAACCGCACGCAAAUCCACUGGCGGCAAAGCCCCCCGAAAACCAAUGAUUACAAAAGCGGCCAGGAAAACCGCCCCAGCGACUGGCGGUGUUAAGAAACCCCACAGAUUCCGACCAGGAACCGUCGCCCUUCGAGAAAUAAGGCGAUACCAAAAGUCUACCGAGCUGUUGAUAAGAAAGCUACCUUUCCAAAGAAUCGUUCGCGAAAUUGCUCAAGAUUUUAAAACGGAUUUGAGGUUCCAGAGCUCCGCUGUGCAGGCGCUGCAAGAAGCGUCAGAGGCGUAUUUAGUGGGAUUAUUCGAGGAUACGAAUUUGUGCGCUAUUCACGGUAAAAGAAUCACUAUAAUGCCUAAGGAUAUCCAGUUGGCGCGGCGAGUACGGGGUGAGCGUGCGUAGAUAUAUCAUCGAAAAAUGUUUUAUAGAAAUAUUAAAAUAUCUGCAGCUAUGAUCUACGAAUGAUAUUAAUAUCUUAAAAUUAUGGAAAAAUCGACAAUAAAUAAUAAACUGAGCGGACAUGAUUAAAAUAUAAUUACAGCAUAAAGAUACCAUCAAACAGUAAGACGCAGUGUUCCAAAAUGGCGCGAACGAAUUCAAGCACACUAACAAAAAGAUUAAGAAAAAAGUUUCCAUAUAACAACUAGCGUUUAUGCGUUACAAUAAUGUCGAAAUGUCCUUCAGCUGCUCGCUAAGUCCGUAUUAAAAAGCUAAAUAAAUUUAAUUUAGAUAAGUGGAAGUAGGUGCAUAAAAAUCAUAUGAUACAACUUUAGUCAUAAACGUUAAAUAAUUUAAAAAUUGCUGUUUUUGACUUUUUUUUAAAUAUUUUGUUGCCAUACAAAGGCACCCUUUCCGGCCCUUUUCAGGUCGGAUGAUAUUGACAAAGCCCUU